GAAUUCAACCUAAGCUUGUUAGCACCUUGUUUAAGCCUUGGCAUGAAUGAAAUCUCAAGAGACCAGAAGAGUAACUUCUUUGAAACAGCUCGGAGGGUAACUCUGGAUCAUGUGUCUACCACUGUACAGAACUUUCCUGCCAGCCACCAGGUUUUUCAACCAUUAUUGCCAACUGAGCCGUCAGCCUACUGGAAAAAACUAAGCGAUAUCUUUGGAGAUGAGGUGAGGUAUCAGUCUAUGAUGACACUUUGUCGCGCACUGGCUCAGUAUUUGUUGUUGCUCUCAAAACUACCAGCUGGUCUCCGUGUUCCUCCUGACAAAGAGGAUGAUAUCCUGAAAUUUGUGGUUAUGUCAGUAGAGGCACUAUCAUGGCAUUUAAUGCAUGACCAGAUUCCAUUAAGUAUAGAUCUUGAAGCUGCUCUGGAUUGUUGCUGUUUGACAUUACAGCAGCCUGGUCUCUGGAAUUUGCUGGCUUCUGCCGUUAAUGUGACAUAUGCUUGCUCCUUAGUUAAUUGCGUUAGAUUUAUCAUAGAAGCAGUUGCAGUUGAACCUGGUAAUCAACUUCUUAGUCCUGAAAGAAAGAAGAAUACUUCAAAAGGCUUAAGUGAGGGUGAAGGUGAUUCAAACACACAGAAAGAUAAAAACAUUACUGCAGCUUGUGAAAUGGUAGCUGAGAUGGUGGAAUGCUUACAGACUGUCUUGGCACUGGGACACAAAAGAAACAGCAGUAUUCCAGCGUUUCUUACUCCUGUCCUCAAGAACAUCAUCAUCAGUUUAGCAAGGCUGCCUCUAGUGAACAGUUACACAAGAGUACCUCCCCUGGUCUGGAAAUUAGGCUGGUCACCAAAGCCUGCAGGUGACUUUGGCACAGUUUUUCCUGAAAUCCCAGUAGAAUUUCUUCAAGAAAAAGAAAUCUUCAAGGAGUUCAUCUAUCGCAUUAAUACACUUGGAUGGGUCAGCCGUACUCAGUUUGAAGAGACUUGGGCUACUUUGCUUGGUGUGCUUGUAACUCAGCCUAUUGUAAUGGACCAAGAGGAGAACCAACAAGAGGAAGAUACAGAGAGGACCCAAAUUAAUGUUCUUGCAGUACAAGCCAUAACUUCCUUGGUGCUGAGUGCAAUGACAAUACCUGUUGCAGGCAAUCCAGCGGUUAGCUGUUUGGAACAGCAGCCCCGUAACAAAGCCUUAAAAGCUCUGGACACAAGGUUUGGGAGGAAGCUAAGUGUUAUCAGAGGAAUUGUUGAACAGGAAAUUCAAGCAAUGGUAUCUAAGAGAGAUAAUAUUGCUACUCAUCACUUAUACCAAGCUUGGGACCCUGUUCCAUCACUUUCUCCUGCUACUACAGGUGCUCUUAUCAGCCAUGAAAAACUCUUACUGCAGAUCAAUACUGAACGAGAAAUAGGAGAUAUGGACUAUAAACUGGGACAGGUCUCUAUACACUCCAUAUGGUUAGGAAAUAAUAUCACUCCACUGAGAGAAGAAGAGUGGGGUGAGGAUGAAGAAGAUGAGAAUGAUGUACCUGCUCCUUCCUCACCACCAACCUCUCCUAUUAACACCAGGAAACAUCGGGCUGGUGUAGAUAUACAUUCUUGUUCUCAGUUCUUGCUUGAACUCUAUAGUCAGUGGAUAUUGCCAUCAAACCCUAGCAAGAGAACGCCAGUCAUUUUGAUUAGUGAAGUGGUGCGAUCACUUCUGGCAGUAUCAGACUUAUUUACAGAAAGGAAUCAAUUUGAGAUGAUGUAUACAACACUGACAGAAUUGCGAAAGGUGCAUCCAUCAGAAGAUGAGAUUCUUGUACAGUAUUUGAUACCAGCCACUUGUAAAGCAGCUGCUGUUCUUGGAAUG